AUGCCUGUUGAUGUAAAAGGAAUAGAUGUAGUUGAUGCGUGCGUAGAAAAAUGUUCAAAACAUCCAACAAAGGUUAUUGAAUACUUUUGCUGGUCAUGUGACACGCUUGGAUGUAGUGCGUGCAUCACUACAAACCAUCGCCAAUGCCAAAAUAUCGACCACAUACCGGACAUUGUUAUAGAUCUAGAAAAAGACGAUGAAUUCAAAAAGUUUGCUGAAUACUUUGAUAAAAAGCUAACGGUGCUAAAAGAAAGAAAGGAUGAAAUAAAUUCAAGAAAAACUGAAUUAGAAGAAAUGAAAAAGCAAGCAAAGGCAGAGCUUAAAAAGCAGCGUGAUAAUAUUAACAAGUUCUUUGACCAACUUGAAUCUGAAAUGGACAAGAAGAUAACGGACAUUGAUAAAAACAACAAGGAUACACUAAAAGCAGCGUCAGACAGAUGCAAAAUCAUACAUGAUGAACUAAACAAAAUAAAAAGUACUAUCGAGACAAACAGGAAGAAUGGAAAAAAAUGUGAACUGUUCAUAACAAUGAAAGGAUCAAAACCGGAAAUUGCAAAGCUUGACAGUCAAUUUGAAAUGCUAUAUGAAGAGAGCAGAGUACAAAGAUAUAAACUAGUAACAUCCGCACAGACAGAGAAAAUAAUGAAAAACACAACUGAGAUAUGCAGAAUGUUAACUGCAAAACUUGUUUCAGAAAUUGAUGUAAGCUGUUGCAAUGACGAGGAAAUACCAUGUAUAAGAGGGAUGUCAGCGGUACAGAGACAUUACCUUGCUGUUACAGACAAUGACAAUAAAGCAGUGAAGAUAAUUGAUACUAGAACUGGCAGAGUAACAUCUGAAAUAAAUGUAGACUGUGAUUCUAUUUGGGGUGUCUCAAAUAUCAAGAGAGAGCAAAUUAUAGUUUCACGGACAUCUUAUGAACCUGAAUUUAAGAGUAAGCUUCUCAGUCUGACUGUAUCAGCGUCCGGUGCGCUAAGUGAAGGUAAUGUAAUAUCAACUAUAGAACCAACUUACGAUCUUGUUGCCAUUGCACAACACCUAAUUGUGGUCCAUUACAAUAAAAUUAAAGUACUCAAUAUGCAUGGAAAUGUUCUGAAAACAAUAAGAUGUGUAACUUCCGACUUUUCUUCUAUAGCUGUAAGUCCUGACAAGAAGCCCAUUUACUUAACAAACUAUGACAAUAUUAAACUGUGUAAUAAGUAUGACCUUGCAUGGCGAGGUCACAGCCACCUACAUGGACAAGAAUCUUAUACAUCCAAGAGGUAUAACAGUAGACAAUGA